AUGUGUUUAAAGCAAAUCAUCAAUCUUUUGACCGUUUUUUUAUUGUACGGCAUUCAACCCUCCCUGCAAGAAACACUUGUAUCUAAAAUUACAACUCCAAACAAUUUACCCGGAAUAGAUACUUGCUCGAACUGGGAAGAUGUAUCAGUGUGUACUACUAAAAACACCAGAAAUUGCAUUUCAGGUGAAGGCAAACCAAAGGAUUGUUUUGCGAUUGGGAAAUCCUUAUUUAAAACAUUUCCAAAUUGUUAUGAAGGUGUUAUAAUUGAUCAAGUCACGUUUUCUGGAUUUGAGACACUAGAAAUCCAUUAUUGCGAUAUAGAUAAGAUCUUACACAAAGCAAAUGAAGUUGUUAAAUCAAUACACGAAUUGAAAGAGAAAACAAAUCAAUUAACCGAGAAAAUUAAGGACAUACCUGAUUUGAUUGAUAAAGUUAUUAAGGUAAAUUCGGAAAUUUCAAAAAUAUUUCAUCAAGAUAAAAUUAAACAUAUGGAAAAGGAGGCCAACGAUUUCAAAAACGCCUUGAAAACCACUAGAAACUACAUAAUCAGUUAUGAUUCCUUAGAUAAAACCAAGCAAAGCAAUCUACUAACUUCACUUGGAAAAUUAAUGAAUAAGAUUAAAACAAAACUAUCAGAAAUGGAUAAGACAUUACAUUCUACACUUGACACAAACAAUACCAUUAUAGAUCUUGUCAAUAACAAUAGUUCACACGUUAAACAUCCUAAUGAUUUUAACAAAACAAUGGAACUCUACAAUGAAACUAUUACUAAAGCUGAUGCGAUUAAAAAAAAUAUUGAAAAACUUAAAGAACAUAGGAAAAUAUCUACUCACAAAACAAUAUUUUCAAACAAUAUAGAUAAGUUGAUUGACAAUUUGACAGAUUAUUUUGAAAAUAUAAAUCGCUCCAUUGAUGCUGUUAGAGACAAACUUUCCAAAUACCAACUUGAAACGGGCAAGAUGGUUUUAUUGUUUAAGAACGUGAAUGAAAUUCAAAAGCAUAUUAAAAAUACAGAUAUGCAUAUAAGAACGUGCAAUUAUGAUUUCUCAGAUAUCGAACAAAAAUACUCACUCAUUACUGCAAAAAUUACUGUCGAAGAUGGACAAUCAAUCACAACUUCAAAUAAAUCAACUGUGGAUAUACCAGAAGAGAAGGUAGAUAGGGUGAAUGUCAAUGUUGACAAAGCAGAGAACUCUGAUAAUGAAACUUCUCAGGAAAAUACAUCUGUUAAACCGACUGAUCACAAAGAAAUUGAGGAUUCAGCUUCCGAAGAAAAUGCCAUUGGAGAAAAUGGUGAUUAUGAUUCAGAUGAAGAUAUUGAUACAAAUGACGUUAAAGAAGAUCACGAAAAUGCAAUUGAUUCCGAAUACACCGUUUCAUCGACUGGGGAUGUAUUAGAAGAUGAGGUAGUUGAGGAAAAUGCCAUUGGAGAAAAUGGUGAUUAUGAUUCAGAUGAAGAUAUUGAUACAAAUGACGUUAAAGAAGAUCACGAAAAUGCAAUUGAUUCCGAAUACACCGUUUCAUCGACUGGGGAUGUAUUAGAAGAUGAGGUAGUUGAGGAAAAUGCCAUUGGAGAAAAUGGUGAUUAUGAUUCAGAUGAAGAUAUUGAUACAAAUGACGUUAAAGAAGAUCACGAAAAUGCAAUUGAUUCCGAAUACACCGUUUCAUCGACUGGGGAUGUAUUAGAAGAUGAGGUAGUUGAGGAAAAUGCCAUUGGAGAAAAUGGUGAUUAUGAUUCAGAUGAAGAUAUUGAUACAAAUGACGUUAAAGAAGAUCACGAAAAUGCAAUUGAUUCCGAAUACACCGUUUCAUCGACUGGGGAUGUAUUAGAAGAUGAGGUAGUUGAGGAAAAUGCCAUUGGAGAAAAUGGUGAUUAUGAUUCAGAUGAAGAUAUUGAUACAAAUGACGUUAAAGAAGAUCACGAAAAUGCAAUUGAUUCCGAAUACCUCGUGUCAUCGACUGGGGAUGUAUUAGAAGAUGAGGUAGUUGAGGAAAAUGCCAUUGGAGAAAAUGGUGAUUAUGAUUCAGAUGAAGAUAUUGAUACAAAUGACGUUAAAGAAGAUCACGAGGAUGCAAUUGAUUCCGAAUACCUCGUGUCAUUGACUGGGGAUGUAUUAGAAGAUGAGGUAGUUGAGGAAAAUGCCAUUGGAGAAAAUGGUGAUCAUGAUUCAGAUGAAGAUAUUGAUAUAGAAGAAGUUAACGAAGAGGAUCAUGAAGAUGCGAUUGAUUCUGAUAACUCCAUAUCAAAUAGCGAAAAUGUAGAUACUACACCAACUGAGAAUGUAGAUACUAUACCAACUAAGAAUGCAAAUACUACACCAACUAAGAAUGCAAAUGCUACACCGACUAAGAAUGUAGAUACUAUACCAACUAAGAAUGUAGAUACUAUACCAACUAAGAAUGCAAAUACUACACCAACUAAGAAUGUAGUUACGACACCAACUAAGAAUGCAAAUACUACACCAACUAAGAAUGUAGUUACGACACCAACUAAGAAUGCAAAUACUACACCAACUAAGAAUGUAGUUACGACACCAACUAAGAAUGCAAAUACUACACCAACUAAGAAUGUAGUUACGACAUCAACUGGAAAUGUAAGAACCAAACACACAUCGACAAAUUCUCAUGUUUUAGCUCCGGAUACAGACGAAUACCCAGCACAAAUUUCACAACAUAAGACGAUUGAUAAAUAUUAUCAAUCGUUGGAAUUGGAGGAUGAAGAAAAUGCAGAUAUAUCAAGCUCAGAUAAACCAGUUUCUCCAAUAAAUUUGGAAGAUAAAAAUUCGACAUAUGAUCAUAUGCAUAAAACCGAUAAUGUUAAAAGCGCCGGUAUUGCUUCAUAUGAUGUUAAUUUAUUAUUCACCAUUUUACCUUGCAUAUUGUUUGUUUUGAUUUCAAUUGGAAGCUACCUUUUUUAUAAAGGAAAGGGCAAUUUUAAAGAUUUAGACAACUCCAAAGGCACAGACAAUAUGUAUGAGGAUGGGGUGCACACUGAAAUUAAUCACGGGGAAUUUAUGACCAUUAAAAUUGAGGAUGAUUUUUGGAACGAAGGACAAGUCACCGAUGUAGAUUGUUAG